GGCGAGGUCGUCCUCGUUCGUCACCCAACCCAACCCGUCCGUCUCCCCCCACAUCCUCCCUCCCCAGCCCGUCGAAACCCUAGCCCGCAAUCCCGGCAAAAGUCUCGCUCUCGCCGCCUCCCCGGCGCCAUGGGCAAGAAGCGGAAGCUGGAGAGCAAAUCCGCGGCAGCCGCUAAGUCUACCCCGGCCGCUGCAGCCAAGUCCGCCACUGCUAGGGCCGCCGGCCUAUCUGAGGUCAUCGCCCCCGCCAUGGCGCGGAAGGAGGAGAAGCUUCCCCAGGAGGCAGGCGUCAAGGAGGAGGAGGUCGAGGAGGAGGUGGAGGUCGAGGAGGAAGUGGAGGUGGAGGAGGAGGAGGAGGACGAGGUGGAGGAGGGCGAGAGCGACCCGGCCUCGAUUCAGGCGCUGCUGGAUUCCUUCCCCAAGGACCAGCUCGUCGAGCUGCUCCGCGACGCGGUCGUCGCGCACAGCGACGUGCUAAGCGCCGUCCGGCGCGUGGCCGACGCCGACCCGGCUCAGCGGAAGAUAUUCGUCCACGGGCUCGGCUGGGACGCCACCGCCGACACCCUCACCGAGGCGUUCGGCCCCUACGGCGAGAUUGAGGACCUCAGGGUCGUCAGCGACCGCAACACCGGCAAGUGCAAGGGGUACGGCUUCAUCCUCUUCCGCCACCGCUCGGGCGCCCGCGCCGCUCUCCGCGAGCCCCAGAAGAAGAUUGGGAAUCGCAACACUGCCUGCCAGCUCGCCUCUGUCGGCCCUGUCCCUGCUGGUGGUGCGGCCAGCAACUCUGUGCCUGCCCCGGCGCAGUUGCAGCUGCCACCGGUAUCAGAGUACACGCAGCGCAAGAUAUUUGUCAGCAAUGUUGGUGCAGAUAUCGAUCCCCAGAAACUGUUUCAGUUCUUUGCAAGGUAUGGUGAGAUUGAGGAGGGUCCGCUUGGACUUGACAAGGUCACUGGGAAACCCAAGGGAUUUGCUCUCUUUGUCUACAAGACUAUUGAGAGUGCCAAGAAGGCUCUUGAGGAGCCACAUAAGCAUUUUGAAGGAGUUGUGCUGCACUGCCAGAAGGCGAUUGAUGGACCAAAGCCCAACAAAUUGGCAGGACCUGGAGGCUUCUACGGUGCUGGGGCUUCAAGUGGCAGCAAGGGGGUUCCUGGUUAUGGAGCUACUGGUCAUACUCUACCCGGAAGUGUUGGUAUUGGCCAGCCAAUGUCACCAUUGGCUCCCAGCUUGGCUUCACUGCCUGGAGGUAUUGCUGCAGCCCCAGGGGUGGAUCCUGCUCUGGGACAGGCCUUGACAGCUUUGCUUGCCACCCAGGGUGCUGGACUGAAUUUGAACAGCAUCCUGGGAGUUGGUGGUAAUGGCUCAGGGGUGCCUCCUCAGGGGGCAUCUGGUGCCCUGAGUGGUAGCAGUUUGCCGGGGAUGCAAGGUGGUUAUAUGGGAGGCUAUGGUAGUUCUGGUGGGUACGGGGGUGCACCGUCAGGAGGCCCUGGAAGAAAUUACAUGGGUCACUAGGAUGGUUGUAACUAUUUUACUGUGGCCAGAUGAUUCUACAUGUUCCUGAUUGGCACUUAUAAACUUGCUCUUUUAAGCUGUUUCUGGCUACUCAAUUAUGCUGUGGUCAAAGUUUUCAUAAGGACUUCGAUUUCCUCCCCUGCCGUUUCGAAAUGAAACAGUAUUUCGUACAACUAUUUAGAUUUUCAAAAGGCCAUCUUGUGGCUAGCAAGACAGUUGUAAAAGACUUAAUUCAUGUGGAUUUAAAGCACUGCGAUAUUUAACUUUUUCUUGUUUUCUGUCUACUUUUCCAAAAGGCCAUCUUGUGGCUUGCGAGACUAUUGUAAAAGACGUAAUGCUGAUUUAAAGCACUGUGGUAUUUAACGAUAAUAAUGUUUUCAUGUUCUUUUUAUGUACGGUUUUUAAAAGGCCAUAUUUUGGCUUGCGAGACUUGUAAAAGAUUUCAAUGUCGAUUUAACUAUUUUUCAUUUUUUUAAUGUAUGAUGAACCUGUUGUCGUCAUGGUUUUAAACAGAAUAUGUACUCUGCAUUUGUAAGUGCCAUUUUGUUACCAUCCUAAUUUUGAGGUAAUGCAGAUCUGUUUCUAAACAAAAGGUGGGUAUACUCCUUUUUUUAUGAAGUAAUACUUCCUAGUUUGUAAGUAAUGUGCUUUAUUGUGGAUAAACUGAUAAAGUUGGUUAUAGAGUAUUUCCGGGUUCAAGUGAUUUACUCCCUUCAUUUCAAUUUCUGGGUUUAAGAUGUUUUUAAAAUUUAUGUAUCUAGACAGUCUACAUCUAGGUGCAUACCAAAAUCGAUAUACUUAGAAAAGUCAAAUCGAUCUAUAAUUUGGAAUGAAGGGAGUAUGAUUUUUUUUAAAGAAGGGCUACAACAUGCCAAUCAGGUUCUUGCUUUAUCUAUUUUUGUUGCUAGGCAUUUCUGUACUGAUGUCUGAUGAUCCUGCAUAAAUAGCAGUGUCGUGAUUGCGAUGCCAAUGUGCAAUCCUGUGAAAUAUUACCUGUAGUCAGUUAAAUCUUGGAAAUAAUUAUUGAACAUAUCUAUGGUUUUGGAAGAGCCUUUUUUAUUUAUAUCUGUUAUCAUUUUGCAGCAGCAUCUCCCUCAUAUUGCCCCUACAACUUGUACACUUCCUCAGAAUUCAUGUAAAUGCAUACACUUCAUUCAGAUGUAUUGGUGUCCCUUUGGGGAAUGAUGUCUGAUGAAAAUUCAUUUGUUGUUUUGCUUGUAUGCUUGUAUGACACUGCAUUCUCAGUUUCAUUAGCAGCCGCUUUGUCUUGUUAGCAUUUCUUUUGUCUAAUGGCUAUCAUGUAGAGACUAAGAAUCUCUAAGGGUAGUCGUUUACUAGUUUGCUUUCGCUUUCUGUAUGGUCGUUUACUAGUUUGCUUUCUGUAUGGUGGUUAAACAAUCACUCUGCUUGAUAGAUUGUCUUCCAUAUGUGACCAGAAAACUGAUUAUGGGCAAAUGCACAUAAGUUCAUACAAUCUGACUUUGUAGGGACCAAUUGGUUCAUUGUCAACAAAGGAAACAUCAGUUUUGUUAAUCAUCUCAAUUGCUUUUAGAAUGCAAGGGCUAUUGCCAUACUCCUUUGCAUGACCACAUGAGAAUGCCAGUUUGGAACUAUCACAAAAAGGCAGCCUAUUACUUGAUUAGAAUUACUGAGAGAAGUCUCUGUUGUGUUACCUGAGAACUCCUACGAAUGUUUCUAAAGCUCUCUUUUCUUUUCCUAUUUUCCUUUAACCACCAAAACUAUUGGUUCUUAUUGCUUUGAUUGGGAAUCUGCAAGCAUAGCUUCGGUAUAGAUUUUGGUAUUGUCAAGCUGUCAUUUAUUGCUUGAGUUCUUGUCCGUAUAUUACUUUCCGUAAUGUACUAUCUGUAUUUUUGGAAUGAUUUAUUUCACAUUGGUGCUUUUCAUCGCAUUGUUAGCACCAUUUAUCCUUAUUUUAUGGCAGUAUAUGCUGAUUGAUCGAUGCUGUUGAAGUAGGCUGAGUAUGCCAUGGAUCAUCCAAUAUCACUUGAUUAUUUCGUAAGUAGCUUUGAUGCUCUUAUUGGUAGAAUCCAUGCUGUUGAAGUGGCUGAGUAGUAGUAUGCGGUGUAUCGUCCAAUAUCACUUGAUUAUUUCCCAAGUUUGAUGCUUCUGUAGUUGCUGCAUUGUGUUGUGCUUUGCAUCUCGGGUAAGCAAGAAGCACUCAUCCUUAAUGCCAAGUGGAUCAUAUAUCGAAAGAGUGCUCUUCCGUAAGCUGUUCCAUUCUCAGACCAGGGGCGUGUUUCCAGCAAGGACCAAGGAUGCGGUGGUGAUGGUGCUUCAUCUUCAAAUGGUAACAGAUGCAGGUGGGCGGAAAUGUUGGGCGUGCUGUUGCAGUUAUAGAGUAAUUGACUCGUAUUCAGAUGCUGUAUGUUCAAUUAUUUAUGCUGAAUUAUUGGGAAUGUAUUACAUGUACUUGCAGACU